UCACAUGUUUCACUGACCAACAGUCACACUGUGUUUGAAUAGAAAUAGUUAAGAAUAGUAGAACACUAUGUUUGAAUCAUUACUUUGAUGUACAAUGUAAAUGUUUUAUAUUUUGGAAAAUAAAUACAAGUUUACAUGCAAAAAUAUAAUGGGAGGAUUGGACGGCUAUAGGGGAGGUCAGGAGGCCGUUUAUGUGUUUGACGAUUUUGGUCAGUGAAAAACAUGAAUUGGUCAGUGAAAAGUCAGGGAAAAGUCAGGGAAUUUUAUUUCACCAAAGUGCUGGCAACCCUGAACUGACAUGUACAGCCAGAGUUGAAAGUCCUUCCUUCCAAGAUAACACACCUGAUGCGUCUGACACAAACACCGUACAUCAGACUUCCAGCACGGAUGGUGACACACUUGAGACCAAUGUGGAACAAUCCUCUUCAGUUACAGCUGUUGAAAAGCAAGUAACAUUUCCUGAUAUAGUUGAAAGUCCUUCCUUUCAAGAUAACACACCUGAUGCGUCUGACACAAACACCGUACAUCAGAUUUCCAGCACCGAUGGUGACACACUUGAGACCAAUGUUGAACAAUCCUCUCCAGUUACAGCUGUUGAAGACCAACUGACAUGUACAGCCAGAGUUGAAAGUCCUUCCUUCCAAGAUAACACACCUGAUGCGUCUGACACAAACACCGUACAUCAGACUUCCAGCACUGAAGGGGACACACUUGAGACCAAUGUGGAACAAUCCUCUCCAGUUACAGCUGUUGAAGACCAACUGACAUGUACAGCCAGAGUUGAAAGUCCUUCCUUCCAAGAUAACACACCUGAUGCGUCUGACACAAACACCGUACAUCAGACUUCCAGCACCGAUGGUGACACACUUGAGACCAAUGUUGAACAAUCCUCUCCAGUUACAGCUGAUGAAGACCAACUGACAUGUACAGCCAGAGUUGAAAGUCCUUCCUUCCAAGAUAACACACCUGAUGCGUCUGACACAAACACCGUACAUCAGACUUCCAGCACGGAUGGUGACACACUUGAGACCAAUGUGGAACAAUCCUCUCCAGUUACAGCUGUUGAAGACCAACUGACAUGUACAGCCAGAGUUGAAAGUCCUUCCUUCCAAGAUAACACACCUGAUGCGUCUGACACAAACACCGUACAUCAGACUUCCAGCACUGAAGGGGACACACUUGAGACCAAUGUGGAACAAUCCUCACCAGUUACAGCUGUUGAAGACCAAGUGACAUUUCCUGAUAUAGUUGAAAGUCUGUUCUGGGAGGAUAACGCAGAUCCAUGUACUGAUGAUCGAGUAGACAGUAGUUCUUGUGAUGAUGGCUUUGAAACUGACGACUUUCCCAUGCUGCAGCAGUUGAAAGAAGACCAAGUCCUUGGUGAGGACCAUACUGUGGUUGCUAAAUCUGCUGCCAGUGUUUCUGUGCAAAGGAAAAGGAAAGCCAGUGAUUCGGGUGAUGAAUUGAGCAGUGUGAAAAAGAAGUAUGCAAGGUUGAAGGAGAAAUAUGAAAAAUUACUCGAAGCAAACAGGGAGCCAGCAGUGACAUACACCAGCAAAGAUGUACCAGCUGUGCCAGAACAGGUGCAGGUGACAUGCAAGGAGUUGCCAGUGGAGCCACACUCAAGCAGUGAAGAGUCGGCCUAUAUGGAGGCAAAAAUUAAUGAGGUGCAGAAGAAGCGGAUAUAUGACAAACUGCUUGCUUGUUAUUAUUGUGGAAAUGUGUACAAACACAGAAUAACUGAGCACUUGCAGCUUGUUCACCCAAACGAAAUGGAUGUUGCUAAGGCAGUGGGUACGUCAGAUGAAAAAAAAAGGGACAAUAUAUUCCUCAGAUUGAAAAACCUUGGAAAUUUUAAAUACAAUCUUUCAGUAUUAGAAAAAAAAGGUAAUGAUAUCAUUGUUGCAAGAAGACCGAAUAAAGGUCCAAUUGUUGCAAAAAAUUACCUACCAUGUGUUUCAUGCUAUGGCUUCUAUCUUGGUAAAGAUCUUUGGAGACAUGAAAAGAAUUGUCAACUUAAAGUAGGACAAGUUGGUAAGUCGGCAUCUGUUCAGGCAGAAUCAAGGGUGUUGCUAAGAUCGUCAGUUUCUUCUGAUCCAGGGACAGGUGAUGGUUUGAAGUUGUUAGACAGAUUAAAUACAAGAUCUGAUAGCAUAAAAUGUGAGAUUGUGAAUGAUACACUUGUUAUUAAGUUUGGCACAGUUUUGCUUGAAAAGCUUGGUGACAGAAGAAAGAACGAUAUUUCUCAGCGAAUUCGUCAGCUCACUCGCUUAAAGAUGCAGAUCAAUACAACUAAGAAUGAUAAGACCGAACAAUUAUUUGAUUUGAUUUCUGGAAAUGGAUUUGAUACUGUGGUGGAAGGGGUGCGGAACUUGUGUGGGACAUAUGAAAACGAGGAAAAAGUAGUGAGAAUGAAGAAACCUGGACUUGCAUUAAGAUUGGGACACAACCUGAUUAAAGCUGCAGAAAUCAAAUGUGGUAUGGCCUUGAGAAUGGAUGAUGAAGCAAGCUGUAAUCAAGCAGAGACAUUUUGCAAGCUUUACAGACGAGAGUGGAAUGAUAAGAUAUCAAGUGUUGCCUUAAGUACCCUGAAAACAAACAAGUUUAACAAGGGCCAAGUGAUACCAUUGACAGAUGACCUUGUGAAAUUGAAAAAUCAUUUGUCAUCAAGAAUGUCUGCACUUGCAGAAAAGCUACAAAGUUCACCUGCAUAUAAAGUUUGGCGUGAAUUGGCAGAGGUCACUAUGGUCAAAAUCCUGUUACUGAACAAGCGCCGAGGUGCUGAAGCAUCCAAGUUACUGAUUAGUGCAUAUCAGAGUCGGCCUAACUGGGAAGAGACUACAAACAAAGAGAUACUUGGCAGUCUUUCUCCGCUGGAAAAGAAGAUGUUCUCUAGGAUGGAUAUGGUCCAUACCCAAGGAAAGCAAGACAAAAAGGUGGCGACUCUUCUGAACCGAGACAUGGUAGACGCCAUUAAUCUACUCAUAGCCACCAGAGCAGCUUGUGGCAUUCUAGAUACAAACAAGUAUGUGUUUGCCAACCAAUUAGAUGGACACCUAAGUACCUGGACAAGUCUGCGUGACCAGGCAGUACAGGCCCAGUGCAGUAAACCAGAGUUGAUAAACUGCAACUCUUUGAGGAAGAACAUCGCAACAGUAUGUCAGCUGAUGGAUCUCAAUGAUGGCGAGGUCCAAUGGGUGUCCAGCCAUUUGGGGCACACAGUCAAAACACAUAAAGAUUUUUACAGGCUGCAAGAAGCAGCUAUAGAAAUCGGAAAGGUUUCAAAGCUGCUGAUAGCAGCAGAAAGUGGGAAACUUUCAAAAUAUAAAGGGAAAUCUCUUGCAGCCUUACAAUUUGAUGAUGAUGAUGAAUCCGAUAAUGAUGAGGAUGAUGAUGAUGAGGAGGCAACAAAAGACGAUUCAAUAGACGAUGCUCUGGCCGGAGACAUCAAUGAUAUGCCAUUAGCUGAUGGAUCUGACAGAAAGGACGAAGUGGGGGAUGAUUCACUCAACCAAGAAAUAGUUCAAGAAGAAAAUGCCAUUGACUCAUCAAAUGACGAACCACCAGAAAAACCUCCUUACCAAAGACCCCAGAGAAAACGGCGUGUGAAGGCUGCUAGGAAGGAAAUUUGCUCAAGAGCCAGAGAAUCAUCAGUUGAAGAAUUACCAGUUGCACGGCUUUGUCAAAAACGCCAAAGAAUACACCAUGUAAUGCCUGCCCAGAAGGAAUCUUCAUCAAGGGAUAGCCAUGCAGACAUGGAUAGUGAUGACUCUCUUCACGAUCCCACAUACACUCUCGAAAAAGGAUCUGAGGAAUCAAGUGGAGAAGAAUUAAAAAUGCGAAAAAGGAGAUGGUCAGAGGAAGAAAACAUCAUUUUCAAACAGUGUUUUAAAAAUUGCCUUGAUGAUAAAAUUAUGCCAACUAGUGUUCAACUAAAAGUGGCUGCAAAACGGCUGCCAGAAAGAGGAAUUGCGCAGAUAAGAACUAGAGUUCACAAUGUAAUAAAAGGAAAACAAGUAAUGUAAACACUUCUAUGAAAAAGCUUUUGUUAUCCCCCUGCCAACUGGUUGGGUAAUGGUCUCUGUCCGUCCUUCAUGAUGCUGACCUAAAAACUUUAUGGACUGAAAGAUCACAGAAAUGAGGAGUUCAGAGAAUAGGGUUCUUCACAUUAGCUGUCAUUGUAUUUUUGUCAUUGCCUUGCAUGUGUUGCCCUUGUUUUUUUGUUGUUGUUUUUAAGUUCAUCACAUAAUUAAUUUUUAUUUUCAGACUGAACUAUUAAACAUUUAUGUUUUACGGGGUUAGGCAGGGGAUAAUGGCAAUGUUACUUGGAUCUUGUUAACGCUCAAAAUGUUAGAGAAUCCUGUGUUGUAGCCCUUCCAAACAUGUUUGACUCUUUUUUUUGAAAGGUUUAAGGGUCAUUGUAUGUUAUGGUCUCAGUCAUUUGUCUGUCUGCACCAACAAUAUCAUACUUUUGUGGCUCUGUGCAGGCCUGUACCUCAAAGAUCAAGAUCAAACCUUAUGGUUCUUUGUCCGGGACAUAUUAAACACCCUGAAGGAUCUGAAAUAAAUUUGGGCAUAUAUUUCCCCAAUUUGUGGAGCUCUUGUUAGGAUUAUUACUUUGCCGAAAAAAAAAUGACAUUUUUAUGCUCCCUGCAUAUAAAUCUGUACAGUUGUAGACUUUUUUGAGGUUGUGUCAUGUUUAAGCCUUGGUUCAAAGUCGAGGUCACAGUUUAUGAUCAAAGGCUACCAAUAUUGCUGAUUUUGAAUAUAUGCUUGUUUCUCUUAAAUUUUCUGUUGAAUAUGUUGUCAUUGACUAACAGAUUGGACAUUGUUUAUUUUGUUGCUCAUUUUCUAAGGGAGAAAGAGACUUUGGAGGGUUUUUAUUGACUAUGGUCUAUAGACUGGUAGUUCCUGUCCAUUAGUUUGUUUUUUCUUGCCCCCUUAUGUAGCUUAUAGUAUUCAAACUGUCCCUCGGUCCAUUCUUGUCCGAUGAACGUCUUGGUGCAUGGACCAACUUUUAAUUAAUUUUGGACAAUUUUCUUUUCCCCUAAAACAUUAAACAACUUUUGCUUGUCCAAUCAUUUAAUUUGUCAUGCAUGGAGGAAUGUUAAAGUAACUUGGUGCAAUGAUCAUUAUAGCCUAAAUGUAUACACAUAUAUCUACCAGGUCUCUCAGUUCUAGGUCAACAUCAUAAUUUUACCCUUCUUUUUUGUCUUUGUUAUGCAUGGACGGAUUUUAAAAUAACCUCGUCAAAAUGUUCAUUCUCACACAAAAAUGUGUAGCAAAUAUAAGCCAAUGUUUCCAAGUUCAAUGUCACGCUUGUUUUAAAAAAUGGAAGCUGUUUUGUUACCUAAUUUUUAAUUAGAAAUAUUUGGUUGUAAAAUAUUAAAUUUCAGAAUAAAAAUUGCAUAAACAUUUGAGGUUUACAAAUUUUAUUAUUCUAUCUUGUUACAUGACUAUUAAUUGUUAAAUCUGUAUAUGACCAAAUGUUUAUACAGAGGGCAGUAUUUUAAACAUUAAACAACAAGAAUGGAAUAUUUUCAGCUAAAAUUAUUGAAAAGUAUCUCUGCAUUGAAAUGAUGACUUUGAUACAGUUUUUUCUUCUAAGUUAUUUGAAAUACUGCAGAUAUCACAUUAAACUCUAUAUAUUUCCCAUCUGCCCUAAAUGCUAUAUUUUCAUAUAUUAUUAUUAUUAUAUAUGUACUUGUCAUCUGCCCACAACCUGUCUUCUUAAGUUCCCAUAUAUUAAGCAUCUGCUCUUAAUGCAAUAUUUUUUAUUUUAUUUUAAAGAUGGGAAGAUUCCUGACUUUUAUUAGUGUUUUGAGUAUUUGUUUGAAAUGUUGUGUGUUAAAAAAUAUGUUUUGAUAUUGUUAUUUAACAGCAAACCUUUUAGUACAUAUAUAUGUAAUAUAUCAUAUAUAUUUCUUUGUUUAAAACAAACAAAACCUGGAUUUGUUGAUGUUUUCUUUAAAAAAAGGAACUGCUCCUAAUUAGAAUGCUCUUUAAAAAAGUACAUAAUGGUUUGUUCGUUCAAAUGUUUAUUAUUUUACAACAUACAACUUCUAUUUAAAGAACACUGGAUAUAUCAUAUGUUGAUAUGUGACACAUUUUCAAAUUUCCCCUUGUAUUGGGCUGAAUUGUUUUGGUCUUUCUAAGGUUUGUUUUUCAUUCCUAUUAAAAAGCAUAUUUUUCUUGGUAGCAAGUCCGGCAGUUUAAAAACCAACAACACCAUUUGUUUAAAUAGUAGUGUUUUUUCUUCUACACAUUUUGCAGGUUUUUUAGCUCGACUAUUCGAAGAAUAAGGAGAGCUAUCCUAGUCACCCGAGCGUCGACGUCGGCAUAACCACUUAUGUUAAAGAUUUUGUAUGAGUCAAAUAUUGACAUAUGGCUUUGAAACUUCGCACACUUCUUCAUCAUCAUGCCCCCAACCUGUACACAGGAGGAGGUAACUCUAUUAAGCAUUUUGACAAAAUUAUGCCCCUUUUUUUACUGAGAACUUACGUUCAAGUUUGCGUACCACCUCAAAUAUUUUCAAAGUCAUUUGACAUCUGGCUUUGAAACUUUGCACACUUGGUCACAAUCAUGCCCCCAACCUGUACACAGGAGGAGGAGGUAACUCUAUCAAGCAUUUUGACAAAAUUAUGCCCCUUUUCAACUUAGAAUUUAUGUUAAAGUUUGUGUACCACCUCAAAUAUUUUCAAAGUCCAUUGACAUCUGGCUUUGAAACUUUGCACACUUGUUCACCAUCAUGCCCCCAACCUGUACACAGGAGGAGAUAACUCUAUCAAGCAUUUUGACAAAAUUAUGCCCCUUUUUCAACUUACAAUUUAUGUUAAAGUUUGUGUACCACCUCAAAUAUUUUCAAAGUCCAUUGACAUCUGGCUUUGAAACUUUGCACACUUGUUCACCAUCAUGCCCCCAACCUGUACACAGGAGGAGAUAACUCUAUCAAGUAUUUUGACAAAAUCAUGCCCCUUCUACUUACAAUUUAUGUUAAAGUUUGGGUACCACCUCAAAUAUUUUCAAAGUCCAUUGACAUCUGGCUUGGAAUCUUUGCACGCUUGUUCACCAUCAUGCCCCCAACCUGUACACAGGAGGAGGAAAAUCUAUCAAGCAUUUUGACAAAAUUAUGCCCCUUUUUCGACUUAAAAUUUACAUUAAAGUUUGCGUACCACCUCAAAUAUUUUCCAUUCAAAUUAUGUAAAUAUCUCAGCACAUCAUGUAUUGCAUUGAAAUCUAAUCUAACAGUGAUCCAUGCAUGUUUUGCCAAAACUUUUCAAUCCAUACACCAAAAAGCGGCGGAAUAGUUGAGUUGCACUGUCUCUGUGACAGCUCUUGUUAUAUUUGUGAGAAUAUAAGCUAUCACUAAUAUCAACAAUAAUUAUAUUAAUAUUGCUCAAGCGCUUCAAUUUGCUAUAAUUCAAUUCAAGUUUAUGUAUUUGUAACAACUUAAAUGUGAAAAUGAAUGUGUUCACAUGAUUUUGGGCAAUUGGUGUUACAACUUAUUUUCUAAUCAGACUUGCAAUUUACACAUUGUGUUUAGAAAAGAGAAAUACUUUUAUUCCUUUGAUAUUGGUGAACAUUUAAUAACGAUAAUUAAAAUCAACAUAAUACUAAGGUCAUGUGAUUUACAACAUAUUAGCAAUGACCGGUAUAUAGAAACUCUCAGCUUACUGUAUCAACAUCAGGCUUGAUCCCAUUGUAAAUUUUAUGUAAGAAUGUAUAUUCUGUUUGUUUGGUAUCUGCUACUCGGUGAAAUAAAUUGUUUAUUCAUAA